AUGAACCCCGCCGGCCCGCCUACGCUGCCGCCGGAGUACGACGUGUGGCUCUACGAGGCCAUCGAGGGCGAAGACGUCCCCGGGCUCGACAGGCCGGCCGCCAAGCCGCGCCACUACGCCACCGCGUUCGACGACAGAGUGCUUGUGUUCCUCAUGUUCCGCAAGGCCAUCUCCACAAUGCGCCAAGGUCGACAAGAAGCCUAUCCUCAAGGAGCGAGCGUUAACUUUGUCCCGAUCGUCGAUAGGUGA